AUGACGCCCCCGGCCCGUGGACGGGGGACUAGCCAACGCAGCCCGACCGUCUUGGUCACAGAUUCCCGCGACCAACCCACCCAAGUACCACGUCGCCGCCGCUCGCCCGCAACCCGCUUCAUCACCGUGGACAACGUCCUCCAAUACGCCUCCGACGUGCCCUCAAUGCAGCAGCGCGGCCCACCCCCGAUCUCGCGGUCCCGCCGUCUGGCCUCCGCAGCAGGCCUCAUGACCGGCUCGAGCAGCGGAAGUUCCAGUGCCGUGGCAGGAUCCAGCGGUUCUAUGGGCCGACUUGCCGCUCAGCCGCGCCUCCCGCCUCGGACAACCAAGGUCAGCGAGAAGCUGGUGCUUCUGCCUGAUACUGGCGAGCUGGAGGAGGGUGAAACGGAGGAAGAAGAUGACGAUGAUGUCGAGGGUGCGGAUCUUGUGGAUGAGGAGCUGGUCGCGCGUCUGGCUAAGGAGAGGAAGGUCGACCCGGAAAUGAUUCGACACCAAUUGCUUAUGUCUAAGCGGCUUCGUGGUGAUUUCGGCGUUGAUAAUGAUCUUGCGCCGCUACUGGCUGAGGAGGAAACUCUGCGGAAACGUCGGAUUGGCCCUGAGCGCGCGAAGAGUUAUGCUGAGAGACUGCCGAAGGCGCGACGGACGGAGAAACUUGCUCGUGUUACGGCUUACUGUACGGCGCAGGCGUAUAAGAUGGGGUCUCUGGCUGCUUUUGUUAAGGAGCAGCAUGGUGGGCGGACGAAGCUUUAUGAUGAUUGUCUCUACACGGCGUAUCAUCUGCCUCUUUUACCUGGUCAUGAUGGUUAUCGUUUGCGCAGCAGUCCCGUGAUCAAAUACCCCGGUGGGAAGUCGCUGUUGGACGAGGAGAUUGAGCGAAAUGAGUUGCGUGAUUAUCAUGACGAAUUCGGUGUCGAGACGGAAGAGCAUUCGGUUGGUGGACGCAAUCGUCCAGAGGAAGAACACCAUUAUGAAGCCUCCCCUCAACAAUCUGACCUUGAUUCGCGGGGUGAUAACCGGGAGGACUUCUUGAAUCGUAUCAGCGAGGAGGUUCGUGGCGUUGGUGAGAAUGAGCAUGCUGUCAGCUCCAGCUCCAGCGUUGAGGGGCUGCAGCGUAUCCCACCGCUACCGCAACCCGAUGGCACUGAUGACAGUCGACAACCUUCGCCUGAACCUGCCCUCCGUCGUCGCAGACAUAGCACAGACGACACCCACGCUUUGAUCCGAGAGCGUUCUUCCCCACCCCCGGCUCCUCCAGCUUCCCUACCGCAAGCGCCAGCUCGCACGUUAUACAAUGUUGCCGAGAUGUUCGUCUUCAGCUACGGUGUGGUAGUUUUCUGGAACUUCACCGAGCGACAGGAGAAAGAUCUGCUUGCAGAUCUGGCCUUCGCUACAUCCUCGGCAACAGGCAUCCCCAUCCCUCUGGCAACGAUGCCUCUCGACGAGGAAGAUUUCGAGACCGAAGAGUUCCAUUUCGAGUACUCUACUGCGAUUUCGCGUCCGCGAGUCUACAACGAUAUGAUCACUCUCCGCAGUGGCGACCACAUGAUCAAGCUCGCUAUCAGUCACGGCAUUGCCCAAAGCACCAAACUAUGUUUCUUCGAGGAAGUCAUGGCUCGCCAGAUGGCGGAUGCCAAAGAUGUCCCCCGACGACUGGCAGUCACCGGCCAAUUAGGCAUGAAGCGCGAAGAGGUCUUCCGAAUUCUUGGUCGACUAUUCAAGAGUCGUGUCGAAGUCAACCUUUCCUCCAACAUGCUCGACGUACCCAACUUCUUCUGGGAAAGCGAACCAACCCUCUACCCCCUGUACAUCGCCGUCCGCGAAUACCUAGAAAUCAAACCCCGCAUCCAAGUCCUGAACGAAAGAUGUCGCGUCUUCCUCGAUCUCGCCGAGAUCUUAUCCGACUCAAUCGCCGACAACCGCACUUCCCACCAAACAUGGAUAAUCAUCAUCCUAAUCAUAAUCUCCAUCAUCGUCACUAUCUCCGAAGUUUUCCUCCGCUUCGCUCUCCUCCACUCAAGCCAGGGUUCAAGUACUCCGGCUAGUAUCUUUGCCCGAGCUAUGGGUCGAUCCGUCACUCCGUCCCCGUCUUCGGGAUGGGAUGCCUACUCUUCCGCGCCGCCUGGCUGUAUUUGUCCUUCGCUCGCUGCCGAUGGAAGUGCGGGUAUCGGUGUUAGUGGGAUGUUAGGGUAUUAA